UGCCCCGCGGCGGGGAUCCCGAAUCCCUCUGGUGAUGCGACGCGGCCGUGACCGGGCGGGGCCCGCGGAUUCGCUGCGGCUCCGCAAUGGCGGGGGUGUUCGACAUCGACCUGGAGACCGAGGAGGGAAGCGACGGGGAAGAGCCCGAGCUGGGCGCCGAGAUGGAGUUGGAGCCCCGGGGGAACGGCCUGGAGCCUGUGGGGCACUACGAGGAGAUAGAGAUCUCAGAGAGCAGCGUCAACAACGGCCCCGAGCACAUUGGGCCCCACUGCUUCGAGCUGCUGCGCGUCCUGGGCAAGGGCAGCUAUGGCAAGGUCUUCCAGGUGCGCAAGGUACAGGGCACUAACACAGGGAAGAUCUUUGCCAUGAAGGUGCUGAAGAAGGCCAAGAUCGCCUGCAAUGCCAAGGACACGGCGCACACACGAGCUGAGAGAAACAUCCUGGAGACCAUAAAACACCCCUUCAUUGUUGACCUCAUCUACGCCUUCCAGACGGGCGGCAAGCUCUACCUCAUCCUGGAGUGCCUCAGUGGUGGGGAGCUCUUCAUGCAGCUGGAGCGUGAGGGUAUCUUCCUGGAAGACACCGCCUGCUUUUAUCUCAGUGAGAUCACACUGGCGCUGGGCCACCUGCACUCCAACGGCAUCAUCUACCGCGAUCUCAAGCCAGAAAACAUCAUGCUCAACAGCCAGGGUCACAUCAAGUUGACGGACUUUGGUCUGUGCAAGGAGUCCAUCCAUGACGGAGCAGUCACCCACACCUUCUGCGGCACCAUUGAGUACAUGGCCCCGGAGAUCCUGGUGCACAGCGGGCACAACUGCGCAGUGGACUGGUGGAGCCUGGGUGCCGUGAUGCACGACAUGCUCACUGGAUCGCCCCCGUUCACAGCAGAGAACCGCAAGAAAACCAUUGACAAGAUCCUGAAGGGGAAGCUGGUGCUGCCACCCUACCUGACGCCCGAUGCACGUGACCUGCUCAAGAAGUUCCUCAAGCGCAACCCCAGCCAGCGCGUUGGUGGGGGGCCGGGAGAUGCAGCCGAUGUGCAGAAGCAUCCCUUCUUCCGGCACAUCAACUGGGAGGAGCUGCUGGCACGCCGCCUGGACCCUCCCUUCAAACCCUGCCUGCAGUCGGAGGAGGAUGUCAGCCAGUUCGAUGCCCGCUUCACACGCCAGACCCCCGUGGACAGCCCCGAUGAUGCCAUCAUCAGUGAGAGUGCCAACCAGGCCUUCCUGGGCUUCACCUACGUGGCCCCCUCAGUGCUGGAAAGUAUCAAGGAGGGCUUCUCCUUUCAGCCUAAGGUGCGGAGCGCACCCCGCCGCCUCAACAGCAGCCCCCACACCCCAGUGAGCCCGGUCAAGUUCUCCCCGUUCGAGCCCUUCAGAUCUGCAGAGACCAUGGAGCUGGGGCUGGAGGGCGGCACCCCGCCCGAGGCCACGGCCCCGCUGCCUAUCGCCUCCGCCAAGAAGAUGCGGUGGGGUCGGGGGCGGCCGCCCAGGUAGGGGUGUAGGAGGGAGAGGAUUCCGUGAAACGGUGCGCGUACCAUUAAAGCAUGGAUCAGUGCG